CCGCUUGCGUGAACAGUCCGGAUAUGGAGAAUGCUUUCACUUCCCAGUGAAAGCAUACCUUAUUGUUCCUGUUCUUUCUCUAAAUCAAACAUCGCUGUUCUUUGCUCCUGUAUGACUGGUUUUUUAUAUCUGGUAAGUCUGAGAUGGCUGGAGUCCGGUCCUUGCUCGUUUUCACUCUGGAUGAUCUGCUGGCAGAGGAUCUGCGGAGGUUUAAGUUUUGGCUCUCGAACGAUUUGCCUGAGGGCGUUAAGCCCAUUGGAAAGGGCAGACUGGAGAACAGAGGCGUGGUCGACAUGGUGGAGCUGAUGGUGGAGGUCCACGGAGAAGAAGGUGCUGCGAAGGUCGCGCUGCAUGCCCUGAGGAAGGUGGACCAGAACGACCUCGCGCAGAGGCUGGAGAAAGAGCACGAGAGGCCUGGGGAGAGGCUUGGUCCUCCUGAUUUGAGGAUGGUGCUGGUCGGUAAGAGCGGAGGAGGGAAGAGCGCAUCGGGAAACACCAUCCUGGGGAGGCAAGCUUUUAAAUCGGAGUUCUCCCCCAGCUCAGUGACCAGGAGCAGCGAGAGGAGCGACGGGGAGACCCAGGGGAGGCGCGUUGCUGUGAUCGACACCCCAGGGAUCUUCGACACUUCCAUGCCGGAGGAACAGGUUCGGCGCGAGAUCGAGAGGUGCAUCGCCCUGUCCGUCCCGGGCCCGCACGCGUUCCUGCUGGUGCUCCGCCUGGGCCGGUUCACGCAGGAGGAGAGGCGCGCCGUGCGCUGGAUCCAGGAGAGGUUCGGGGAAGAGGCCGCGCGGUACACGGUGGUGCUGCUCACGGGGGGAGAUCAGCUGGACAAGCCGGUGCAGGAGUUUCUGAGCGUCAGCCGCGACCUCCAGGAGGUCAUCGGCAGCUGCGGCGGCGGCUACCACGUCUUCAGCAACAGAGACGCCCGCGACGGCGGCGCUCAGGUCUCCGAGCUGAUGCGCAAGGUGGACGAAAUGGUGGAGAGGAACGGAGGAGGGCACUACACCAACGAUAUGUACCAGGAGGUGGAGAGAAGGCUCAGAGAGGAGGAGAGGAGGAGGAGAGAAGAAGAAGAGGAGAGAGAGAGGCAGGAAGAGGAACGGAUCAGAGCGGAGGAGGAGAGGAGGAGGAGAGAAGAAGAGGAGAGAAGGAGGCACGAAGAGGAAAGGAUCAGGGCGGAGGAGGAGAGAAGGUGGAGGGACGCUGAGAAAAGGAUCAGAGAAGAGGAGGCGAAGAAGAGGGAAGAGGCGGAGAUGAAGAUCAGAGAAGAGGAGGCGAGGAAGAGGGAAGAGGCGGAGAUGAAGAUCAGAGAAGAGGAGGCGAGGAAGAGGGAAGAGGAGGUGGAAAAGAUUAGAGAAGAGGCUGAAAGACAGAGAAUGAUGCAGAUUGAGAAGAAGGAGGAGAAGAAAAAUCGUGGGGAAAGUAAAUUUAUGAGGGAAACAAAAAGAGUGAGAGAUGAUGUCCUUAAUUUUUUCAGAUGAGCUAUCCAAGUAUAGUUUACUUGAAUGACCCAGUAAUAAUGACAAUAAAUCAUAGGCUGUUCCCUCUAAACUGCUCCUGAUCUCAUUACCUCAAGCUGAUGUCACACUGAUGUUCAUUUUUUUCAAAAUAAUGCUGGUAUAUCAGAACAAAUCAUUGGACCUCAUUCAUGAAACAUGCAUACGAUCACAUUUGAUCGUAAACUGUGUGUUUCCAUGAACAUUUCGGAAUUCAUCAUUUCUUUUCUUAUCUGUGUUUGUCCAUGGCUGUUUCGUUAUGCUAAUCGUGUGACCAGGAUUGUGCAUUAGAUUUACAAACAGUCGGCAUUCAUCAUCUCAACUCACAAAACAGUUCCACACAUGCGUCACGAAUCCCAUAUUGGUUUUUCGUAGGAACGUUUUUAAGAACAAAAGUAAGAAUAAUUUAAGAAAAGUUUUGUGAAUGAGGCCCGUUGUGUUUGUAUUUGUGUCUAUCAGGUACAGUAGGGAAAUACUGCUUCACUUUGUAACAUUGCAUGGGAUAAGCUUCACAGGCAAAAUUCCAGCAACACAGGAGAAUCAAUUGUGCCGGUGUUGUUCUGAACCACAAGAUGGUGCUUGUAACAUUUCCUUAUUUUUCAGUAUAGUUUGCCCUUUUGUAAUAAAGAAAAUGAGACUCACGAUAUGAAGCCUAGUUUUCUUUACAUGGGAUAUGAUUUCAUGAUUUAGGUCAAUUCUGAAUUUUGAAAUUGAUUCUAAUUCAAUUGAAUUUGAAUUGCAGCUUUUUCCACAGGUUGAGAAUUUAUUUUUGUGGCGGUUGAUUGUUUGUACUUUGAAAUUGAAAUUGUUUUAUGAAAUUGUAUUGUAACUGUAAAAAGGUUAUUAAAUUUUGUGUGCAUAGUUCACA